AGAGAAGCCGGGGCCGGGGCCGGAGCGGAUGGAAUGGAGCCCCCGCGCACACUCGUGCUGCGCCGCCUGCUGCUGCCACCGCUGCUGCUGCUCCUGCUGCCGCUGCCCCUGCGCACCCGGGCCAAAUACGUGCGGGGCAACCUCAGCUCCAAGGAGGACUGGGUGUUCCUGACAAGAUUUUGCUUCCUCUCGGAUUAUGGCCGACUGGACUUUCGGUUCCGCUACCCUGAGGUUAAGUGCUGUCAAAACAUCCUCCUCUAUUUUGAUGAUCCAUCCCAGUGGCCUGCUGUAUACAAGGCAGGGGACAAGGACUGUCUGGCCAAGGAGUCGGUGAUCAGGCCAGAGAACAACCAGGUCAUCAACCUCACCACCCAGUACGCCUGGUCAGGCUGCCAGGUGGUGUCAGAGGAGGGCACCAGAUACCUAAGCUGCUCCAGUGGUCGUAGCUUCCGCUCGGGAGAUGGGUUGCAGCUGGAGUAUGAGAUGAUCCUCACCAAUGGCAAGUCCUUUUGGACUCGGCACUUCUCGGCUGAUGAGUUUGGGAUUCUGGAGACAGAUGUGACUUUCCUCCUCAUCUUCAUCCUUAUCUUCUUCCUUUCCUGUUACUUUGGCUAUUUGCUGAAAGGUCGUCAGUUGCUCCACACAACUUAUAAAAUGUUCAUGGCAGCGGCAGGAGUAGAAGUUCUGAGUCUCCUGUUUUUCUGCAUCUACUGGGGCCAGUAUGCCACUGAUGGCAUUGGCAAUGAAAGUCUGAAGAUCUUGGCCAAGCUGCUCUUCUCCUCCAGCUUCCUCAUCUUCCUUCUGAUGCUCAUCCUUCUGGGGAAGGGAUUCACGGUGACACGGGGCCGCAUCAGCCACUCGGGCUCUGUGAAGCUGUCUGUCUACAUGACUCUGUACACUCUUACUCAUGUGGUACUGCUCAUCUACGAGGCUGAAUUCUUUGACCCGGGCCAGGUAUUGUACACAUAUGAGUCGCCAGCAGGCUAUGGGCUCAUCGGGCUGCAGGUGGCGGCCUACGUGUGGUUCUGCUACGCCGUUCUGGUCUCCCUGCGCCACUUCCCGGAGAAGCAGCCUUUUUACGUGCCCUUCUUUGCUGCAUACACCCUCUGGUUCUUUGCCGUUCCCGUCAUGGCCCUGAUUGCCAACUUUGGGAUCCCCAAGUGGGCCAGAGAGAAGAUCGUCAAUGGCAUCCAGCUAGGAAUCCAUUUGUAUGCCCAUGGCGUGUUCCUGAUCAUGACACGUCCAUCUGCGGCCAACAAAAACUUCCCGUACCACGUGCGUACAUCGCAGAUCGCCUCAGCUGGCGCCCCUGGCCCAGGAGGAAGCCAGUCCGGGGCCAAGGCCUUCCCGCAGCACGUCUAUGGGAACGUGACGUUCAUCAGCGACUCGGUGCCCAACUUCACGGAGCUCUUCUCCAUCCCCCCGCCCGCUUCCUCCCCCCCGCCUCGAGCAGCGCCGGAUUCUGGGCUCCCGCUGUUCCGCGACCUCCGGCCCCCUGCCCCCCUUCGAGACCUCUGACCCCAUCGGACCCAGGACCCUCGCGACGAGACCACCAGGACCCUGCCCGUGACGCUUCAGGAUUCUUCGAUCCCGAGCCACUACUCCCGGAACGGAUGUUGUGAACCUGGUCUCUGCUCUGACAACCCUUCCUC